GUUAAAACAACAAAGUCGUCGCAAUAAAUUUUGCAACAUUUUUGUGAUUUAUUGAGAGUUGUUUCUUAUUUUAUUACAGAUAAAUUCGUUCAAACAUGGCUUCACGAGGCUGCAAGUAUCCUGCAGAUGCAUUUUGUUAUGUCUGCGGAUAUUUUAUCAAAACAAGAGCGAAUAAGUACUCUUUGGAAACAGGUUUUAAAAUGUGCGAAGCUUACAAUGCUUAUUUCGGCAUGCCUGUGGGUGAUCAAGACAAAUCCUGGGCACCUCAUUUCGCGUGUGAAAACUGCAAAAGGACUUUGGAAGGAUGGUACAGAGGGGAAAAGAGAGCUAUGAAGUUUGCUGUGCCAAGAGUUUGGAGAGAACCCACUGACCAUUCAAGCAACUGCUUUUUCUGCAUGGUGGACCCUUCUAAACGUCGGACUGGCAAAAAAGCAAGUCAAAUUUUGUAUCCUGACAUUCCUUCAUCCAUGGCUCCAGUUCCACACAGCUCUGACCGCCCCGUUCCUACUCCUCCAGAGAAAGAGCAGGUGUCUUCCUGUGAGAGCCCUGAUUCCAUGAGUGUGGAAGACAAUGAAGGACAUGAAUGAUUUGAUCAGAGAUCUUGGUCUAACCAAGUCCGAUGCUGAACUUUUGACGUCCAG